UCAUAUAAAGGAGUGUGUGGAUCCCAGCAGAGCAGAACCCUCUGGAUCGCUCCCACCAAAAUGGCUCUUUUUUACCAAGGCACCUGGAUACUUCUCCUCCUGACGCUGUCUUUAAUUCUGGCUGAAGGUGGAAAGAUCCUGGUGGUACCUCAGGAUGGAAGUCACUGGCUCAGCAUGCGCCCUGUAGUGGAGAAACUGCAGCAAAAGGGACACGAGAUUGUUGUGCUUGUACCCUCCACCAGUCUGUAUAUGAAGUCAGAGGAGCAUCAGAAUUACACAGUCCAAGCCUAUCCAAUCCCUUACACAGAGGAAUACUUGGGGGAAAAGCUCAAGGCCUUUGUUCAUGCCCAUUUUCUUGAACAGUCUGUUUGGAAUGUUGUUCUGACCUCGUAUCAAAGCACGAUAGAAAUCUCCUCAGUCUUCUUCACCAACUGUAAGAGCCUUCUGCAGAACGAGGAGCUGAUGCAGCACCUGAAAGAGAGCAAAUUCGACUUGAUUUUCACAGAUCCCAUCCUGAUGUGUGGGCCCCUGGUGGCUGAGUAUCUUGCCCUUCCUUCCGUCUACUUCCUGCGGGGCUUUCCCUGUGGAAUGGAUUCUGCUGCUACCCAGUGCCCAAGCCCUCCUUCCUAUGUCCCCAGGUUAUUCUUGGAUAAUUCAGACAGCAUGACCUUUUCCCAGCGGGUGAAGAACAUGCUGGUCGAUCUGCUGGAGCUCUUCUACUGUAAGCCCAUCUAUGAUAACUUUGAAGAGCUUGCAUAUGAGGUUUUGAAAAAGAAAGUGACAGUGACUGAACUCCUGAGCCGUGGAUCCUUCUGGCUGAUGAGAUAUGAUUUUGUCUUUGAGUUCCCGAGGCCAGUGAUGCCAAACAUGGCUUUUAUUGGAGGUAUCAACUGUGUUCAGAAGAAAAAACUGUCUGAGGCAGGCAAGGAGACUCCACACGGCUUCCGAAGGGUCGGGCUCGGUGAUCGGCACCGCCCGACGGCUCUGCGGGGCCCUCCCCUGCCGCCUCCGGGCCGCGAGCGGCGGGCUCGGCUCUGCCGCCACCGCGGCGGCUCCCCGGGGAGCGGUGACGGCUCCGAGGAGCCACACGGCGGCCACGUGGUGCGGGGGAGCCGGCAGCUGCCGGCGGCGAUCUUAAAAGCUGCGAUGCUGGGAUGGCGGCGCGGUGACUCGCGGGGCCUCUGUGCAGUGGUGCCGGGGCCGGGGCCAGGGCAGGGCCGGGCCGCUCGUCUGGUGGUGGAGGGGCCGCCCCGAGCCGCGACUGCGGCCCCGCACGGACACUCCGCUGUGCCGGAGGCGGUGCUCAAGCGGUGUUCCGCGGGGUUCUGCGCUGUGCCGGCGGGGCCAUGGAGGUCCAUUUUCUUCUUAGGGUUGUCGGUGGUCGAGCCGCGCGUAGGGAGCCAUUGUUGUAGUUCGUUUAGGGGGAUCCCCAGGGAGUUCCCCGGGCCCCCCUAA